CAACCUCGCUGAGCGGCGGAACGGACGAGGAUCAACGGUAUAAGAACCGAGCACCCUCCUGAAGGUGUCCGCGGGCUCUCAUGUUUUUCUCCCUCAACUCACGCGCCGUACCCUUGCGAACGCUGUCCUCUGUCACUCGUCGAACGAUGACCAACAACCUGCACAGACCGGCAAACUGGAAAGAGCUCGCACCGGCACCCCACCCUGGUCCUACAUUCGCCGCACAAUCUUCGCUGCCAAAGCUGCCCGUGCCAGAGCUUCCCGACACGUUGGCGAAGCUCAAGGAGAGCCUCAGGCCUCUCGCGCGAGAUGAGAAAGAGUGGGAGAAGGUUUCGCGGCGCAUCGACGAAUUUGGCCAGAAACCGGGACCACAGUUACAGGAGAUGUUGCUACAGCGGGCCCGGGAAAAGCAGCAUUGGCUGGAAGAAUGGUGGGACGAUCUGGCGUACUUGGGUUACCGGGAUUCGGUCGUCGUAAACGUGUCUUACUACUAUGGCUUCAACGACCAUCCUGCACACCUUCCGCAGAAACCUAUAAAUCGCGCAGCACAUCUCGUUCGCGCCACGAUGCUUUUCCGCCAGCAGUUUAAGCUCGGACAAGUCAAGCCAGAAGCGACCAAAGAAGGUCCGAUUUGCAUGGACACUUGGAGGUGGAUGUUUGAUUGCUGUCGCAUACCCGGGAAAGAGGGACUAGACUGGAGUGCCUCGUAUGCAAAGCCUGGUGACGACGGCACCUCCGGCCACAUCGUAGUGUUCCGCAAGGGCCGAGUAUGGAGACUUGACCCAUGGCAGAAUGGACGGUUGUUAAGCAUCGAAGAACUAGAACAGCAGCUGAAGAAAAUUGUCGACGGCACAGAGAAAGAAUACCCGUCAGUCAGUGUCCUAUCUGUCUCGAACCGUGAUGUCUGGGCAAAGGACUAUGCGACUUUAAUCGAGAUCCCGCACAAUGCGCAUAUCGUUGAAACAAUCCAAUCCUCAGCCUUUGUCCUCUCUCUCGAUGACGAUCAGCCGGACAAUAUUCAUGACUUCAGCAGAGCCUUGUGGCACGGUGGCAUACGGAAGACACUUCACAAUCACGCGUAUCUCGGGCUGCGUAACCGCUGGGUAGACAAGCCUGUGCAGUUCAUCGUGUAUGACAAUGGCAAAGCGGGCCUCAUGGGCGAGCAUUCGGUCAUGGACGGCACGCCGACCGUCGCGCUUUGCGAUGCCGCGCUCGACAUGAUCGCAGACCCCAACUUCGACCAAGGCAAGCCGGGCACGGCGCCGCCAGCCCCGCCACAGCCGCUCGACUGGAAGCUGCACGAGGGCCUCACGCGCGCCGUCGUCAGCGCGAAUGCGCGGGCGCGGAUCCUGAUCAAGAACCAGAUGCUCAAGGUGGUGCAAACGCCGUACGGGAAGGCGCAGAUCAAGCGUUUCGGCGUGAGCCCCGACUCUUGGGCGCAGAUGGUCGUGCAGCUGGCGUACCGGCGGCUGCUCGCGCGCUCGGCCAAGAAGCGCGUGGGCGGAACGUACGAGGCUGCGACGACCCGGCGCUUCUUCAAAGGUCGCACGGAGGCGAUCCGCGUCGUCACGACCGAGAGCGACGCGUGGGUCGCGAGCAUGGACGACCCGGACGUCAGCAGGGAGAAGAGGAAGGAGCUCUUCCAGGCUGCGGUGCAGAAGCAUGUCGGACUUGCCAAAGAGGCCGGUAGCGCGCGCGGCGUCGAUCGACACAUGCUGGGCCUGAAGCUCCUCAACGAAGAGCUCCGUAAACAGGCUAAGGGAAAUCCUGAGUUGCAGGACGAUCCGGAACACAAGCUACAUCGCCACAUAGUCCACACGCUCUUCGACGAUCCGGUUUACAAGCGCUCGAGCUACUGGGUGCUCAGCACGUCUGCAAUCUACUCGAAGCACUUUGGGCCGUAUGGCUGGGGAGAGGUUGUUCCAGAUGGCUUUGGCGUCGCGUACAUGACCGGCUUUGACGACUACCUGCAAUACACGAUCACCUCCCGAACCGCUUCCUCUCACAGAGCAUUCUGCCAGGAGAUUCAGAAGGCGGCCACGGAGCUGUACGAUCUGUACUCUGAGACACCUUUGAUACCCAAGGCGAGUUUGUAAUCU